UUAACUUGCGUCUUCUCUGUCUUCUCUCACUUCUCACGCGUCGAAACCCUAAAUCGUCGCCGCCGCCGCCGCCUUCUUCGACAUCGCGCCAGCUUCCCAUCAGGCUACGCCGGAGCGCCUCCAACGUCGUUUUCCGAUUCAUCGGAGGAAAUAGUGUGUUGAGUUCCAUAUUCAAUGAGGUUAGAGAAGUGCUGGUUCUGCUCCUCGACCAUAUAUCCAGGCCAUGGAAUUCAAUUUGUUCGCAAUGACGCAAAGAUAUUUAGGUUCUGUCGAUCUAAGUGCCAUAAGAAUUUCAAAAUGAAGAGAAAUCCUCGGAAGGUUAAAUGGACAAAAGCAUACAGGCUAUUGCAUGGCAAGGAUAUGACUAAGGACUCAACAUUUGAGUUGGAAAGGAAGCGCAACAGGCCUGAAAGAUAUGACAGGAAUGUUACUGAGAAGACACUACAGGCUAUAAAGAAGAUUGACAAAAUCCGAGUCGCAAGGGAGGCUAGACACCACGCAAUGAGGUUCAAAGGUAAAAAGGCAAUGGAGCAUCGCGCAGCGAUCACCGAGCUGGAGAAGAGCAUUGAUUUGGUCAAAGCACCUGCUCCCCUGCUCCAGGCUCCACAAGAAGAUACUGCAAAACUCAAGGUCAAGGUUUCUCAGCCGGAGGCAGAGUUCAUGGAAGAAUGAGGCUGAUAUUGACGAUCAAUCACUCCCGAAGGAAUUAAAAACGCCAUUGGAAGUUUUGUUUCUUGUUUCCGAAUUGUUAUGGCGAGAUGAACUUGGUGGUUUGAGAAAAGAACUCUCGCUGUUUGAUGGUUUUGAUGACAAUUACCAAUUACGGUUCGUCAUUAUUCUUUUA